GUGGUGAGCCCCCCCCCCUCCUCUUACCUCCACCUCAUUGUUCCCACCACGUUGCACUCGACUUCGUGGUCCAGCGACGAAUGAUCUUCCCGUCCGGGAAGCCGGCAAGCUCUGCGAUUGGCCGAAGACCGGCAUGUUGGCUGACACAAACACCGACCCUCCCGCCCAGGGGUCGCACGGGGGGUGGGGCUAUUGCCCGAAGACCCCUUGUCUUAUCCCGUUGCGGGUGACUUGCAUGAGGAGGAGCCCUGCGUCUUGAAGAGAAGAGAUGUUGUUCGCUCAGCAAACAAAAUUCGUGGCCGUCGCAUUCCUCACGCACCCGAGUGAGCGCUGUCACUACCCGUCCCCCCCGUCUCCUUGACGGCCGCCCGUCUCUGCGUGUCUCUCGUCACCCCUUUGCCGCAGCCGUUUCGUUCAGACUGGUUGUCGCAUCGCACACGAUGGUUUCUUUUAGCGGGGCUCUUACCGCCGCCGGCUGGCUGCUUGCCGGCGUCGCCGCCACCAUGGCGCAUGAGCGCUUUGUCGCGGUUGAGACCGGCGCCAUCUUGUCGCCGCGACAGUACCGCAUGAGUCCGGCACAUGCGCUGGAUAAACGCCAGGGCGGCUGCAAUCCAGGUUCUCAUCCAUGCGACGACAUCGGUCCACCAGGUGCGGGCAUAUGCUGCUCAAACAACCAGUACUGCAUCGUCAACCCCACCGACCCCACCACAGCCGGCUGCUGCCGGAUCGGCCUAACGUGCAACUCCCCCUGCGACGAAACCGCCUUCCAAUGCGACCACACCACCACCCUCACCACCUCCGGAACCACCACCAUCCCCGCCGGCGCCUGCUGCCCGCGCCGCUGCACGGGCACGUCCCAAUUCGCCUGCCCCUCUUCCCUCGGCGGCGGCUGCUGCCAGUACGACCAGCGGUGCGCGACGGGCGCCGGCGGGCCGAGCUGCCUGUUCCAGCCGCCGCCGACGACGACGCUCGACCCGAGCUUGAUCGCGCCGCCGGGGUGUGAGACGGGCGAGAUCACCUGUGCGGAGUCGUUGGGCGGCGGGUGCUGUGAUGCCGCGCGCACGUGUACGCUCAUUACGGGUCAGCGGUAUUGUGCGGAGGAUCCGAUCACGCCGACGGGGAGCGGGGUGAGUGUGGUGGAUGUUGGGGAUGGCGGGGGGUUGAGUGCCGGGGCGACGGCGGGGGUGGCGGUGGGCGUGGUGGUGGGGGUUGGGUUGCUGGUUGGCGCGGUGGGGUGGUGGUGGUGUGUGAGGCGGAGGAGGAGGGGGAGGAGGCAAGGGCCGGCUGGGGAGGUGGGGGAGGUGGGGGAGGGUGUUGGGGAUGGGGCGAGUAGCGUGCGGCCGAGGCCGGCGGGGGUGGUUGGGCGGGUGGUUGGCGGCAGUGGGACUGGGAGGGAGAUGUCGGAUGCCACGUCGGAUAUGAUGUCGCGGAGCGGGAGGGGCGGUUUGGCGCAGGAUUACUUUGGCCCUGCGCCGGCGGUCGGGCCGUACUCGGACGCUUAUAACCAUAACGCGUCGCCUGUGACGACGCCCGGGCUGGAUCGUGGUGGUGUGCCGCUGCAGCCGCAUGAGCCGGGAGAUAUCGCCGUGCCGGUGGAGAUCGACUCGAGGUUGAGGGAGGAGGGGCACACACCGGUUGGGCUGGCCAUCACGCCGGACACUAACAGGUCGCGUGAUGACAGGUCGCGUGAGAGCGAGGAUGCCACGGAGCGGUAUGAGCUGUACGGGUCUGAGAUAGGGCAGGUAUCCCCCACGCUGGGGUCGCCGUAUGCCGGCGGGAUGCCGAGUCCGAACGAACGGCCGAAGUGAGAUGGAAUAGUCGUUAUGCGCUGAGGAUCGACA